GGCGGCACUCCCAACAUGGCGGCGGCCGGGCCGGCGGCGCGCGUCAGUGGCUCCAGAGCGCUGCGCCCGUCCCGUGCUCUAGCCUCGCGGCUGCAGCGGUGGUUGAUGCUGCUGGCGGCGGCGGCGGCGGCGGCGGGGCCCCGGGCGGGCUGCGCGGCGAGGCUGUACCGCGCAGGCGAGGAUGCCGUGUGGUUGCUGGACAGCGGCAGCGUGCGCGCGGCCACGACCAACAGCUCGGCCGCGUGGCUCGUGCAGUUCCACUCCUCGUGGUGCGGCCACUGCAUCGGCUACGCGCCCACCUGGCGGGCGCUGGCCGCGGACGUGCGAGACUGGGGUGCUGCCAUCCGAGUUGCCGCUCUGGACUGUGCAGAAGAAAAGAAUCAGGAAGUGUGCCGGACCUAUGACAUCCACUUCUACCCCACCUUCAGAUAUUUUAAAGCAUUUGCAAAGGAGUUUACAACUGGAGAAAAUUUUAAAGGAUCUGACAGAGAGCUGCGGACAGUCAGACAGACAAUGAUUGACUUCCUACAGAACCACACAGAAGGCACCCGGCCUCCGGCCUGCCCACCCCUGGACCCUCUUCAGUCCAGUGACAUCCUUUCCCUCAUCAACAGCCGUGGUGGCCGGUAUGAGGCUAUUGUGUUUGAAAGCAACGGCUCCUACGUUGGACGAGAGGUGAUCUUAGACUUGAUUGCAUAUGAAAACAUCAUGGUGAGCAGAGCCUUGGAUGGGGACAGAGCAUUUCUAGAGACACUCGGAAUUUCUUCAGUUCCUUCCUGUUACUUGAUCUACCCAAAUGGAUCUCAUGGACCAGUUACCAUUGCAAAGCCUCUACGAGCAUUUUUCUCCUCUUAUUUGAAAUCAUUGCCUGGUGUUAGAAAAAAAUCACUUUCCUUGCCUGAAAAACCCAACAAAGAAGAAAACUCAGAGAUUGUGAUUUGGAGAGAAUUUGAUAGGACCAAACUAUACACGGGGGACCUGGAGUCGGGGUUGCACUACCUGCUGAGGGUGGAGCUGGCUGCCCACAAGUCCUUGGCUGGAGCCCAGCUGAAGACACUCAGGGACUUUGUGACGGUCAUUGCCAAGCUGUUCCCUGGCCGGCCACCAGUCCGGAAGCUGUUGGAGACUCUGCAGGAGUGGCUGACCAAUCUCCCAUUGGACAGGAUCCCCUACAAGGCAAUCCUCGACCUAGUCAACAAUAAAAUGCGGAUUUCUGGACUCUUCCUUACCAACCAAAUAAAGUGGGUGGGAUGUCAAGGAAGCCGACCAGAGUUAAGAGGCUACUCCUGUUCCCUCUGGAAGCUGUUCCACACUUUGACCGUUCAAGCCUCGACCCAUCCAGAAGCACUGGUUGGCACAGGAUUUGAAGAUGACCCCCAGGUCGUGCUGCAGACCAUGAGGAGGUACAUUCACACUUUCUUUGGGUGCAAAGAAUGUGGUGAGCAUUUUGAGGAGAUGGCUAAGGAGUCCAUGGAUUCUGUGAAAACCCGAGACCAAGCAGUUCUGUGGCUCUGGAGGAAGCACAACGCAGUGAACAGCCGCCUGGCAGGCCAUCUGAGUGAGGAUCCCAAGUUUCCAAAGGUCCCGUGGCCUACUCCAGACCUGUGCCCAGCCUGCCAUGAGGAAAUUAAGGGCCUGGACAGCUGGAAUGAGGGUCACGUGCUCACAUUCCUGAAGCAGUACUACAGCAGUGACAACCUAGUGGACAAGUAUUCAGCAGACCUGAGUAAUCCCAGUGACAGAGGAGCCCUGCCCCGGGGCCAAGAGGAAGGCGAAGGACUUACUGCUCCAGGGAAGUCCUGGAGAGACAGAGGUGCUGAGAGCUUCCAUCCACCCCAUGUUCUAGGCCCGAGAACCACCCUUCCUGAGAGCUUGCACCACAGGCUGGACCUGAGGCUCCAGAGCCCCCGUGGGCCUGGAGCCCAUGAGGAGGCCGAGGCAGCUGCACCCUUUCUGGGGAUUGGCUUCUCCAGCCUGGACAUGAGCCUGUGUGUGGUGCUGUAUGUGGCCUCGUCCUUGUUCCUGAUGGUCAUGUACCUCUUCUUCCGAGUAAGGUCCAAGCGGUGGAAAGUCCGGCUCUACCACCCGUCUGUGUAGUGUCAGGGCAUCCUCAAGCCUUUUGAGAGCUGCCCACACACCUGCAGGACUUUGACACUGAGAUCAGGGACUUUGUAAACAGCCAAGCAUUGUCUCUUGGAGGGCCUGAAACAUUCUUUCCUAGCACCUUGACCUUGCCUUCUCUAGCUUCCAUGUCAAAAGACUUGAGUGUGUUUGCCUUUGGAGGACAGGAGGAGGAGGCAGGUUCAGCAUAGCCAUUCCUGCUCCAGUUCAGCUCCUGGGCAGAGCUCCUUCCAUAAGGCCAUGCGUGCUUCUGCAUUUGGAUGCCUCCCCCCACCCCCAGGCAGUGUCAUAAGUGACAGCAGAGCCAACUCAGCUGUUCUUAGCCAUCAGUGACUUAUGCUUUUUGCUGUGUGGCUAUCCCUGUAUAAGCCAGAGACAUUUUCAUGGGAGCUCAGGGUGCUCUGGGGUGGAGCAGAAAGGUCUGGUCAUCUUGUGCCCUGUGGGACAUUCUGCUCUGUCUAGGAGAUUUGAAGGCUGGUCGGUAUAGGGCCCAGGUGAGCUACUCUGUGACUUCUUUUUAUCUCAAGAAGCAGCCCAGAAACUGUGGGGAGGGUAUCUGGGGCUUGGAAGGGGCCAGGUAGUAGCAGUGCCUUUUGGUUUAUCUGGUGACAAGAAAUUAGGAGGACCGUCUCCAUGUGGCUGUGGUGCAGCCCUGGGACCAGUGGCGGUGCUGAGUUAGGAGGCUGUUUGAGGUGGGCACAGUCCCUAGGAGGCCUCUAAGACUUUCUGUCAUCUGUGUGUCAUCCACACUGUAGAAGGUGCUGGUGGAGGCACAGGACUCAGGGUGCUGAGGUAGUUGGGGGAGGAGCUGUAGGCGGUGGAGGGCCUGCAUACAGGCCUCCUUCACCUGAAGCUGUGGAGGGGGCCCCAGGUCUUGGGGGUGAUUUUUUUUCACAUCAACAAAUUUAAACACAUUACUUUUAAAGACCAACAUAAUGAGUGGUAAAUUUGUACCUGAAGUCUCCAAAAUAUAGGAAAGAAGGAAGGAAGGAAGGAAGAUAAGAAAAAAGGAAAGGAAAAGUCAAGUAUACAAUUUCUGGAAAUUUUUUUUUUAGGCAGGGUUUCCCUCUAGCCCAGGUUAAC